UCGAGGUUACGGUAUCGGGGAGAUACCGGGUUCUUGAUCGACGGGGAGUUGAUCAAGGGGAUUGGGUUUGAUCGAUUGGCUGGAGAGCUAAUCGGGAGUGUUCAUUUGUAUUCGAAGAGCUUCAACGAAAACAUCUAGUGGAUUGUCGGAGAUCGCUAACGUCGAGUCUCUGACCGUGGAUUAGUCAGC